UCCACUGCCUCUUAAAAGUGAGCUCAUCUGGCACUGGGUUGCAUUGAAGUCCUCCACCGUGCCUGAAGGAAGAAGGCUUUUGGGUGGUGGGAACGUGGAGAAGAUGUGGUCUGUCCAGCUGUCCCUUGGAGUGCUAGCUGUCUUGACCAUGACUGUGUACAUCCCAUCUACACACGGAGAGCCUUUUUUACUACAAGAGAACCGAGUGCUUCCGGAGAGAGAAGACACAAAUCAUGAGGACACACUGCUGACUCUGCUUCUUAAUAAGAAACUCGCAUGGCGGAGACCGGAAAAUAUUGACUGGGAGCUGGCGAAGAAAUUUGAAGAGCUUGAACAGCUGGAGAGGUUGAAGGAUCAGCUCUCGACUGAGGAAGGGUCAGAGGUGGCCUAUGCCUUGGAAAGUCUCUCAGCAUCCCAGCCCAAAAAACGCGCCUGCUUUUGGAAAUACUGCAUUUGAGGUCUUGCCAGGACUGGAGGAUGAAGAUGAGCCCUUCCCCAAACUGCCUGUCUGGGUAUAAAUGUGUUCAGAGUUUCUUCUGUUCUCUCAUCGUGCUGCCAACUCGGAUGCCACCCUCCAUGACCGCACCACAGACAAGUAUAACAGGGAUCGUGGCAGAAGCUGGUAGCCCACUACCACUCUCCCCUGCUCCUUCCUUCCAGGUUCAACCUACUGUGAUCUUCUACUUGGAAGAUGCUUCCCAACUUUCCUUGCUGUCCUGUGUGUGCCAUUCAGUCUGCUGCCACGGUACACUCUUCCCCUUCUCACCAGGUCCCCCGAGGCACCAAACACCAACUCAG